AUGGCCGAUGUUCGAGAAAUACACACAACGCCCGGUGCUGGUGUCGCCCACAACAACGACCCGGCGCUAGACAUUGCUCACGAGCACGAGCAUCCUCACGUGCACCACAGCGCGCGUGCAGCCCACCCUGACAACAUUGUCUACACCACUGGAACCACGGACGAGAAGACCAGCAAGUUGUUCCAGCCCAGCGCUCUUGACAGCCACCUCCACCAGCGCCAUUCUGCAGGUGACGUCGAGAAGGCGGGUGGUUACGACUAUGAAGUAGAGAAGGCCACGCGCAGCUCUUCCGACCCUGAGAUGGAGGCAGAGAAGAAGCCCUGGUGGACUUCCUUCUCUGCUUUCUACAGGAAAUUCAGACUUCCUGUGCACAUCUUCCUUGGAGCGCUCUUCACCGGAUGGUGGAUUGCCAGUGUGGUCGUGCACCGUCACGACAAGAACUGGAUCAUUCCAUUCUUGUUUUGGCUGGCCAUUAUGAUCCGCCUGAUCACUCUCCACAUCCCCAUUACCGUCGUCACCAAGCCUAUGCACUGGGUCUGGGCCAACACUGGAACGAGAUUUGCAAACCUCAUUCCGGAGAAGCUGCGAAUUCCUGCCGCUGCCGCUCUCACUAUCGCCGUCAUCAUUGUUGGAUCUUUCGCCAGUGAGGAGAGUGAGGACAACACGCGUGCCAACCGCGCUGUCUCGCUGUUCGGUCUCCUAGUCUUCAUCUUCGGCUUCUGGGCGACUUCUCGCAACCGCAGCAUGAUUGUUUGGCACACCGUCAUCGUCGGUAUGCUGAUGCAGUUUGUCAUUGCACUGUUCGUCCUCCGUACCAAGGCUGGAUACGACAUCUUCAACUUCAUCUCCGAGCUCGCACGUCUGCUUUUGGGUUUCGCCAAGGAUGGUGUUGCCUUCUUGACAACCCCCGAUAUUGCGGCCAACACCUACUUCAUGUUCAGUGUUAUCCCCGCCAUUAUCUUCUUCGUCUCGUUCGUCCAGCUCUUGUACUACUGGGGUAUCCUUCAGUGGUUCAUCGGUAAAUUCGCUGUCUUCUUCUUCUGGGCCAUGCGAGUGUCAGGUGCCGAGGCCGUUGUCGCUUCCGCGUCUCCUUUUAUCGGUCAGGGUGAAUCCGCCAUGUUGAUCAAGCCCUUCGUUCCCCACCUUACCAUGGCCGAAAUGCACCAAGUCAUGUGCUCUGGAUUUGCUACUAUCGCCGGUAGUGUUUUGGUUGCCUACAUUGGUAUGGGCCUCAACCCGCAAGCCCUGAUCUCAUCUUGCGUCAUGAGUAUUCCUGCUUCGCUGGCUUUCAGUAAGCUUCGAUACCCUGAGACUGAGGAGACUCUUACCGCCGGUCGCGUUGUUGUACCUGAUGACGAUGAGCACAAGGCUGCCAACGCCCUCCACGCCUUUGCAAACGGUGCCUGGCUCGGUCUCAAGAUCGCUGGUAUGAUCGUCUCCACACUUUUGUGUAUCAUUGCCCUUCUCAACUUGGUCGAUGGUCUACUCACCUGGUGGGGACGCUACAUCAACCUCGACGGCGACUACGACCUGACUCUUGAGUUGAUCCUUGGUUACCUCUUGUACCCAGUUGCCUUCCUCCUCGGUGUAUCGCGCCAGGGUAACGACUUGCUUCUUGUGGCUCGUCUCAUUGGUGUCAAGGUCAUUACCAACGAGUUUGUUGCAUUCCAAUCGCUUGUCGACGAGGACCCGAAGUCCCCUUACCACACCCUUAGCCCACGCUCGCGCCUUAUCGCUACCUACGCUCUCUGCGGUUUCGGUAACAUCGGUUCACUGGGUACUCAAAUCGGUGUGCUCAGUCAGAUUAGUCCCGGUCGCAGCGGUGAUGUCUCGCGUCUUGCUCUAUCGGCUCUUAUCACUGGUGUCUUCUCCACCUUGUCAAGUGCAUCGGUUGCUGGACUUGUGGUCCUUGACGGAUCCAACUUCAGUUCAGGCUCAUAG